AUGGCUGAGUAUGCGGAACUGCAGGUAUCCAUUUCGCUCUCUUCGUCUCUUCGUGCGUUAGGGUUAGUCGGCAUUCUAUCCUCAGUCGUGAAGUCCGUGAAGGGAGAGCGCAGCUCUAGGAAGCGCGCGGAGGAGCGGGAAGCCCGUCCGCCCGUGCAGCACCGCAAAAGCUGGAUGCAGAGCCUGAACAAUCUCAGCCAAGUCUUCCACGCCGACGACCAGCUGCACCCGCCCGAGGCCGACGCCCCGAAGCGCGGCCGCUUCCCCUCUUUAGCCUCCUUCAGCAGCAAGGGGGAGUCCGUGCGGUCCAGGGGUGAUUCCUCGCUGUCUCCGGCCAAGGACAGGUCCCUCGCGGCCCGCGUGCGCCCUAUCAGCGUCAGCCUCGGCUUCUCGGGGCACAAGCGCGGGAGCAGCAGCGCGACGGCGGGUAGCGGGCACGACAGCUAUACGCCGUCGCCCCUGCACGAGGGUGCCCCGCACGUUCCUCAGGCGCAAGCGCCGAUGCUCUCCUCCCCUAUUCAGGCGUCGCCGAUGGUCACUCCGUCAGCGUCCACCGGUACCGCGCACGACGAGAAGCCCGUCCGUCCGUCGACGGCCCCCGCCGGCGUGCGCAACGAGUCGCAGAUGGAGACGUCGGCGCUCGCCGCGCGCAUGAACAAGCUCCGCGGGAUGGAGGAGGACACGGCGGUGCGGGUGUCGAACGCGUCCGCGGCGACCUCGCAGUCGACCACGACGCCUAACCAUCUGUCCCGCCCCACAAUCCUCGAUCGCACGCCGUCGUCGGACUCGGCGUCCGUGUACACGCAGUCGACGGCGCAGGACGAUCAUACGCCGUCGGCUAACUCUGGCGAAGGCGGCCAGCCUCCGCGGCUUCGGUUCAGCUGCGAGAGGAUAUCUGCCCCCAACGCGAAGCGCUCCAUGGAGACGACGGAGAGCCACGCGCAAGUGCCGACCAAUGGCUCGCAGCCGCCGACGGUCAACUCGCAGCCUCCCACGCGCGACUUCCUGUCGAUGUCGACGCAGGACUUCCUGUCGGCGCCCUCGACGAUGGGCAAAGCGCGCGCGGCGACGCUCAAUGGCGACCACGGCAAGGACUUUAUCGCGGUCGACAUCCCAAUGGAGUCGCCGUUCGCGGGAUGGAAGUUCUGA